AUUUCUGUCUUCAUUACCAAUUAAUAAUUCCCGUCAAUCUCUCUCUUUUUGUAUCAAUCCCUCUUUCAAUUCACCAAAAUUGCAAGAAGAAGAAGAACCGAACAGAACCCAAAAUCCUCAAAUCUUUCCCUCCGCAUCAAUGGCUGAAAUGGAAGAAACUCCGCAGACCCAAUUAGAACCCAGUAAUUCCCACGACACCCAGAAGAAUUUUUCAUUCAGCAUUUGGCCACCCACACAGCGCACCCGUGACGCCGUCAUUCAGCGUCUCAUCGAAACUCUCUCUACCCCUUCUAUCCUCUCCAAACGUUACGGCACUCUCACAAAUGAAGAGGCUUCAGAUAUUGCCAGGUCCAUAGAGGAAGAGGCCUUUACCUUUGCUGGAUCCUCUGUCUCCCCUGACGAUGAUGGAAUCGAGAUCCUUCAGGUAUACUCCAAGGAGAUUAGCAAGCGUAUGCUGGACGCUGUGAAGUCUAGAUCUGCUGCUACCACUUCCCCGGAAGCUGAAAGUAAACCUUCAGAGUCGCUGGCGGAUGCUUCGGAGUCUUCUGCUCACACUGGGGAAAUCUCAUCCAUUGAAACCGAGUCUUGAAAAUUGCAACGAGGUCAUUUAGUUUUCGUCUAAUUGACUCUGCAGUGAGAAAAACUCUAGUUUUGGUUAAUUUAGGUGUUCUGAGAUCUCAUUGUGCUGUUUAUGUGUUAUGUAGAUCGAUAUAUAUAAUGUUGGAUCAAUAAACAUCUAUUUGACAGCCUCCUGAUUCAUUGCCUCCUGAGUAACAUGCAUAAGUUUGAGGGUUCCUGAUAUAAAGUCUAGAUUCUGCC